ACUCGGCGGUGCUGCCUCCGAGAGGGCCGGCGCCGGGCGCGGUGCCGGCCGACGGCCCGGUCCGGCCGGCUGUGACCUCUGACCCCGGUCAAGGUCACCGCGCCCGGCCCCGGUCACCGUCAGCUGGCCGCGGCGGGGCGGACCGGCCGCGCGGCGUCAGCCCGUUCUACAGGGAGGACAGCCAACAAAAGGCCGUGGAGCCGCCGCUGCUGACGGUGCCCUCUGAGCCGAUGGUCGGUUAUAUCGGCGAGACGACCAUCAUCACAGUGGGACUGGAGGGGCCGAUCACAUCUCUGACCUGGCACCACGACGGCCAGCCGCUGGUGGAGGACGACCACUACCACAUCCGCCGUGUGGCCGAGGGCACGCAGCUCUCGGUGGCGCACACAGCGCCCGGUGACGCCGGCAGCUAUACGGUGACGGCGCGCAACUCGGCCGGCCGCUCGGCCGCCCAGCUGCGCCUCGAGCUGCGGCCCGCCCGGCCCGCCGCCGCCGGAGACGACGCGCCGCCGCCCGCCGACAGCGACGCGCCGCCCGUCGACAGCGACGACUACACGCCGUUCGUGCGCCGCGGCCGGCCCGGCAGGACCGACAGACCGGCACGGCCCGAGAGGAGGCAGGCGGCGGUACCGGCGGCGGUCGAGCGGCCCGGAGAGGACGGGGGACAGCAGCAGGGGACCCGCGGCCAUGAGGUACCGGCCCCGGCUGCCCCGGCAGCGCCGGCGGCCGCGGCGGCCGGCUCGGCCCGUCCCGGGGACACGGCCACCCCAGAGGAGGCCGGUCAGGCUCAGUGGCGACCCGUGCCGAUAGCCCGCCGGCACGCCACGCCCACUGGAGCUGCCCCGCCCACUGGAGCUGCCCCGCCCACUGCCGUCGCCCCGCCCACCGGGCCAGGGCCCUCCCCAGCAACAGGUGCCGCCGGUGACCCGUCGGCCCGCCUGGCCUCCGUCAGUCCCGCAGAGAGUCCCGUGCUGCCGGUCCGCUCUCCGCGGCUUGGCAACACCCUCGACGGAAACAGACUGGUGUCGGAGCCGGCCGAGGUGACGGUGCGCUCGUCGGGACCGGGUGCGCCGCAGCUCGUGCACGCCCUGUACGACCGCAAGGUCAGGGUCGGAGACCGGCUGGUGCUCGCCGUCAAAGUGGCCGACCCGUCGGCCGUGGCCUCAGUGCGCUGGUUCAACAAGGGCCGGCCGGUGCCGCUGGGCGACCGGUGCUCGGUCGACAACGACCCGGACGGCAGCUGGCGGCUGCAGCUGGCAGCUGCCGAGCUCACCGACGACGGCCAGUGGCGGGCCGAGGUGACGGGCGCCGCCGGCGGCGUCACAGACACCUGGUGCACCGUCAUACUGGCCGUGCCGCGCAACUACCGCAAGCCGCGCUUCCUGGAGACGCUGCGCGCGCUGCUCACCGACGAGGGUCUGGUAUCGUUCGAGUGUAAGGUGGUCGGCUACCCGACGCCCGUGCUGCGCUGGUUCAAGGACGGCCAGGAGCUGAAACCGGGCGACGUGUACCAGCUCAGCGGCACCAACUCACUCGGCGUGUACGCGUGUCUGGCGCGCAACUGUAUGGGCACGGCCGAGUCGACGGCCGAGCUGACGCUGGCGGACAUCGAGAACCAGCUGAGCGACGAGGAGCGCUGCAAGGUGUGCCAGGGCCAGCUGGCACCCCGCUUCAGUCGCGCGCUCAGCCCCGAGACGGUGGUCGGCAUCGGCGACCGGCACCGCUUCACCGUCGAAGUGACGUCAUACCCGGAGGCGGAGGUGGCGUGGUACCGUGAGCAGGAGAAGGAGCCGGUGCAGACGAGCGACUCAGUGUCCACGAGCCGCGAGGCGCCGGGCCGCCACCACCUGCAGCUGGAGGGGGUGCAGCUGCAACACCAGGGCGAGUGGCGGUGCGUGGCGACCAACCCGGCCGGCCAGGCGGUCACCACCGGCCGGCUGACGGUGAACCGGCCCAAACACUACCGGGCGCCCUACUUCCUCGAGCCGCUGCGGGCCUCCCUCACCGAGAGCGGCACCGUCAACCUGCAGUGCAAGGUGGUGGGGACGCCGCAGCCGGUACUCCAGUGGUUCAAGGACGGCGCCGAGCUGAAGGCCGGCGACAUCCAUCGCAUCACGUCGGGCGGCGACGGCACCUGCUGCCUGGGCAGCUACACCUGCCGCGCCGUCAACUGCAUGGGCUCGGCCUCGUCGACCGCGGAGCUGAUGGGCCUCGAGGAGAUGAAGCGUCUGAAGGGUGAGCACGGUCCGCCGGCGCCGGCCGCCGGGCAGCACCGCGAACCGUUCGGCCUGGCCAGGAACACCUCGCUGUCCACCAUCAACGAAGAGCGCACCUCGCAGAUGAUGUCGCUGCUCGAAACCGCCCAGCUGGGCACCGACACCUUCCAGACGCCGGCGCUGGACGGCUCCGUGGUGUCUGUCGUGGUGGACGGCCAGGAGGUCUCGGCGGCUGUGUUCGGCACGGGUGACGUUAGCCUGCAGCAGGUGCACGACAUCCUCGAGGCGUACGGCGAGCAGCUCUCCGAGGAGCCGCACAGCGCCGCGCUGAGCGGCGGCGGUGACGCCGACAUUCCGUCUCUGCGCGUGCUGACGGCCUGCGCCAUGUCCGGCAACGUGCAGCUGGGCGCCACCGUCAUCGACGUGUCGCUGGUGCCCGCCGACCAGCUGCCCGCCCUGCACGCCGACGACGACGCCAGGACCGAGGCCGAGAUUGACGAUCUGAACACGGACCGGCCCACCGACUGUCUGUCCGAGCGGCCCGCCGAGCGACCGGACACCCGGCCGUCGGAGCGGGCCAGCGAGCAGACCACCGAGGUGGACCGGCCGACCGACGGCCACACGGACUGGGCCACCGAGCUGCCCACCGACCGGCCGUCCGAGCUGCGCAGUCCCACCGAGAUGCGCAGCCCGCCGGAGAGCAGGGCGGCAAAGCCGGCCGCUGUCGAGCACUCCACCGCACAGCCGGGCGCGCUGCCGGAGCAGCAGACGGCGGCGCCCGUAUCGCCGGAGCCGGCGGCAGCGCCCGCGCCCGUCUCGGAGAGCUCGUCACGAUCGUCCAAGAAGCGCCGGGCGGCGCGGAGAAACACGCAGCCCCUGAAGCGAGAGGAUCUGCCUCCGCGGCCGACCUCGGGCGAGCUGGCGUCCGCGGCUGACACGCUGUCCACGGUGGACUCAUUUCACACCGCGGACGCCAUGGAGCCGUCCUACGCGUCGGACGACCCCACCUCCGGCCAGAUUACGCCAGUUCCUAACGAAGAAGUCUUUGAUUAUGAGAACGUUGAAGUCACCCGCUUACCGCCAGCAGAUCUCCUGGAAAAGGCCCUCGCGUCACGCGACGGACAGUUCAGUCCGGUGUUCUUCGGCGGGGAAGACGUACAGCUUGCAGAAGACGGUGCAGUGACUACCGAACUGCCUCCCGAGUCGCUGGACCAACGUCUCAGUAGGUACAUGUUUGGAGAGACAGAGGCUGCCGCUCAGGUAGCAACGCAUCCUGACGAAUACUCCGGGCAGCUGGCGACGGAGCUUCAGCAGGCAGCUCCGCAACAGGACUUGUCACCGACACAACCCGGGGCUGUCAGCCGUCGGCCGCUGCUUCUUUCGCCGGCUGUGUCGCAGAAAAGCGAGGACUCCAACCGAGGCCUGUCGUUUGACGAGGAGGUGUCUCCGGAGGCCUACGAGGCCCACCUGACGUCUCAGGGAGUGGUGGCCGUGAUGCACGCCGUGGUCACUGGCGAGCACCUGCCCGAAGAGUACCUCGGCGAGAUCGGACGCGCCCUCACGCCGCAGGAGGCGCGGAUGACGCUAACCGAGGAAGGUGCAAGAGACCGAGCCGGACUAGUCAUGCGACUCUUUUCAGCUGCUCUGUCCAACCAGGAGCUAUCCCAGGGCGUUCUGGAGGAGGUGGAGCAGGCUUUGGCUCCGCAUGCACCUGCAGAACCGCUAACCCAGGAAGCUGCUAAUGCUGUGAAGGCAUUGGUUGAAGUCCUUGAGACAGCGCAAUGCGGAGAUCCUAAAGUAAUUCAGAGCCGUGGGAAAAGUCCAACAUUGAGUUCUGAUGUACUUGAAAUGGCUGCUGAAACACUGCCGGGAGUUGAUGAGAAAGCUUCCGCAAACAAGAUUCUAACGCUGUUUCUAAAACUUCCGGAAGUAGCACAAACUGUGCGGGAGGUGAAGACGGAAGCCAGUACAGAAAUAGUGCAGCACCAAACCAGAAACGUGGCACACCAGGCGGCUAGAAUUAUGCAGGAAGCCAUGACAAGCGACGUUACGAAUGCAGGCACCCAAAAGGAACCAGUGACUUCUACUGAAGUGACUGAAGCAUUGUCAUCAAAAGCAGCUGCAAAAGCUAGUGAACGACUGAUCGAUAUUUUUCAGGCAAUUAGCCAAGGGGAAGUAGUACCGGAAGAGCCUCUUCGUGAGGUAGAGCAAACAUUGGUGCCCCCUGCUGCUCAAGCGAUCGAGGAGCAUGGACCGAAGCUCACAGUCGAUAAGCUCAUGGCACUGGUGACGCCUGUUUUGGAGGAAACUGCGUCAACGAGUUCCACAGCAGAACUUCCUCGAGCACUAUCACCACAAGUGGCACAGGAGCGUUCUGUUUCUGGAGGAGCAUGUGACAAAGCACAGCGUCUUCUGACGGUUCUUCAUGCUGCGCUGACCUCCGAGACGAACACAGACAGCUCGUUAUCCGACUUGACCCAGACGCUGUCUCCGACUGAGCCCGUCGUCACAGAGGUACCAAGAGAGGAUCGCAGCGGCGCCGUUCGUGUGCUUGCAGCCGUCCAGGCUGCCAUGCAGGACUUGGUUGUCCCCGACGAAGAGGUGUCUCAAAUUCAGAGUGUCGACUCACCGACUUUUGCCAAAGAGGCAUGUGCCAGCGAAGGUCCCCGACUAAACGUGCAGAAGCUGAUGACCGUUCUUCAAGCAGCCACCGCUGACGAUGUGAUGUCUGAGGGCACACUAUCAGAUAUCAGCUCUUUGUCCCAACAACAAGCUGGCGAGAAUCUCGCACCAGACAAUAUGAAGGCAACGGCAGAAAAGGUAUUGAAUAUUCUCCAAACAACGCCGAUCGAAGAAGUCAUUUCUGAUGGAUCACUCUCUGGUCUUUCGAGCCAGCCGGAGUCACGUAAAGCGGAGAUCAGGGAAGACCAGGCCGAUCUAAUUGAAAGGGUGACGGCGAUAAUGAGGGGUGUUAUAUCGGGGGUCUACGUGCCGGAUGAGGAGGCACUCGCACUCAGGAGCGCGGGAUCGCCCGCGGUGGCAGAGAAUGCAGUGGUAGCUGAGGAUUCAAAACGGCGAGCUGAUAUCAUCCUAACCGAGCUGCAUGCAAUGCUGCGUCAGGAUGCAGCUGAAAGCGACGCUAGUGGGACGAUAUCACCGAUUCGCUGUGAAUCAGCUUCUGCGAUGCCUUCUCACGAGGAUAAACUAGAAACGGCCGCCAAGCUCAUGAUGAUUCUUCACGCUGACCCAUUAUCACCCAGUAUAUCGGAAGGCAGUUUGUCUGAUAUGUCGUCCAUUCAGGACCCAUCAUUAGCGUCUACCCGGGAUCAAAGUAGUGAUGCCCUUCAGCUAGCAGUUGCCACCAAAGUAUUAGCAGCUGCACGAGCAGCACAGACUGAGAGCGUUAUGUCUGAAGGAGAAGUUACCAAUAUCGAUCGCGCUCUAUCUCCACAAGAAGCAAGGGAAAUCUUGACGCCUGGAGACAUAUCACUAGCCGUCCAAAAAGCUCUGGAAAUCUUACAAUCGGUUUGCGUAAGCGAGGACGUACCACAAGACUCGAUCCAUGAGCUGGAAAGAGUUUUGUCGCCAGUGAAGUGCACACCACGAACCGCAUCACCGCUGGUAGGAACUGAAGUGACGCAGGAAACGGGUGUUGAAGUAGCGAGCUCUGCGCCAAAUAUGCAAUCUAUGGUAGAAAUGGCGAAUGCAACUGGCCGAGUCACUUCUCCACUCCAAGAAACAUUGAUUGUCGAGGCAACAUGUGCUGAGAUGGCAGACUCCACAGCAGCAUCCCAGGCACCUGAAACGAUUGAAGAGCGAGUCAUUACACCCCUUCAGACGGCAUGCACGACCGAGACCACCGUUAUGCAAGACACCGCAGGUAACAAUAGCAUUUUGACAGCGCAAGUCAAGGAGGAGCAAACACCAAGUUUGCAACCCCUACAAAUAACUGAAACAGUCAGCUCCGAUGCAGUUGAUCUCAUGUCGGACAUCACUACUCCAACUGAAGCCGGAGAGGGAAUCACAUCGCCACUUCAGAUUCUGCAGGUUGAGGAAACAGGUGCGGUGGAGAGGGAGACGGAGAGCUUACCAAGCCUCGCGUCAUCAGCUAAAGCAGAAGAUAGGGUCACCAGCCCUCUUCAGUCAACCCAAGUAACCGAUAUUGCGAUAUUGGAAGACCUUCAAGGCUUGAAUGACGCCGAAUCACUAAAGGCAAAUGCGACACCUUCGACAGCACUGCAAACAACUGAAGCUACCGACGUCUCAUCACUUGGUGUUGAUGAUUUUCAGGUGGAAACAAAUGUUGAGUUUUUGGAAACGUCAGAAAGUCCGUUGGAGACGUUACAGGUUAUUGAGCCACAUGAGCUCACAAGUGUCAAUACCACACCAAAGACACCUGAACCUAGUCUCCCUGAAACAAGUUAUCAAGUUGAGCCAUCUUCUUCUUCAGGUAAAGUGACUGAAAUCACUGCCUCCGCUAGCAGUGAGGCCACUGAACCUGCUAAGCCAGUUGCAGACGUCGAUGAGGCAGAUUAUAAACUCAUGUCGGAUGUAUCUCAGUCACCUGUGGUUGAUGAGCCUUCUGUCGAAGUACUAAGCGGUACCUCAACUGCAUCAGAGGAACAGCAGGUGGAUGUGGUUCCCGAGGGGGACGUUUUGCUACUGGAGUCGCAGAUAGAAAAUGUGAACACUGCAUCGGGCAAGGUAGCUGAGGUAAUGCAACAAGAAACCAUUUCCACAGACGAUGUCGAGAUGCAGGGCGAAGACAGUACUUCACUCAAGAGUUCGGACAGUGUCAUCACUGUGGCAUCUCUAAAACAGCAGGAGUCCGAUGAACUACCGGGCGACGGCUCUGGAGCCCUCCAGCAGCCUUCUGAAGUGCAACAGGCACUUCAAUCCAUGGAAUCAUUGACAUCAGUUGUGUGCGCGGCGGCUACUGCUACGUUAUCACCCGAGCAAGCUGCGGAAGGGCGCGUUGAAGCUCUUGCCAAUGAUUUUUUGGAAUCAUUGGAGUCGCUCUGCGGUGGCCUGGAGUCCGAUCGCCAACGGGUUUUGCUGAAUAAAUUAUGCGACAAAGUAAAAGUAAACGACAAACUAUCGCAAGAAGCAUCCGCCAAUCCAGAUACAAUGCAAGCACUAGAAGGAAUAUCUCCGAUGGUGCAUCGCACACUCUAUCCAAAAGUGAAUCAAGUCUGUGAAGAAAUUGAGCGUCUGGCAAUGGAUGCCGGCUCGCUAGGUGGGUCGUCACCUAAAUCCAGUGCUUCUGGAAGGAGUCUGGAGGAUGCGAUUGGAGAUCAGCUACAAAGGUUUAUAGAUGCAGUCGAAGAAACCAACCAGAUGAAGCUACGGUCGCUGAAGCAUCCUGUCGAUGAUAACUCAAUUGCGAGGAAGUUCGAUGACAUCAACGAUUCUGUUGUUCAUUUGGCCGAAACCGUGAAGAAGAUUGUGAGUAGUGCCAUGACUGGCUCUGCAGACCUGAGCUUACAGGUCACGGCCGUGCAGCAGUCCCUGGCAGUGGCGGUGGUGACUCUGACUGACCUCAUCUCCAAUGACGAGCUCCGCGACGAAGCGAUCAGGCUCUUAGCCAGUGUCAACGGGGGAAUUUCUCGUGUUUCUGACGCAGUCGAGAAUUCUGCUCGUGCCUUGAAAUCAGAUGAUUCACCUGAAAUGAGCCUGGCAAUUCAAGCACUUCUUGAUGAUAUCCUCGGGGACAUAGUUGCUGCCACGAACAAAUUCAAGGAUGACAUGCGAGAUGUAACAGCAACGGUAAAAGACGCAGCUGCUAAUUCAGCCGAGGAUGGCAUCUCAAAGUUUCUUAUGCAAGGAGAGGCAUUUGAUGCAGAGGUUGAAGACCUUACGAUAGCUAUCGAAAACAUAACAACAAAGAAGAAACGUGUUGCUGCUGAUGUCAAGUCAAUGAAGAAAAUAUCAGCAGAAUCGUCGAAUGUUCGUUCAAACAUCGACACAACAUUAAAACUGAUCUGCAACAUUGUGACAGGUGCCCCAAAGUCAGACGAAGAUCAAACAUUGAAAGAAAUGCUUACCAAAGUUGAUUUGCAAUUAAAAUCGCUAGGACAAAAAUUUUGCAACUCCAUUGCACUUCCACAACCUAGUAAGGAGCAAAUAGCUCAGAAGAUUAACACACUUCAGGCGUCGCUUGCCCAGCUGGUGAGCGUGUGUGUGCAGAACUCGGAGCUUCUUCGAAUCGCCAAAGACGCCAAGGUGAAGCGGCGUUCCCUGUCUCCCAAUCAGUCUCGAGUUGUCCAAGACCUGGAAAACAUCCGCACAUCAUUUGAGCAGGCAAUCGUGCAAAUGCGCCUAAUGCUGGCGUCUCAACACCCAGGCGAAUCAACUGAUAAACUUUUUGAAAAUAUGGAAGCGAUGUCAAAGGCUCUGAGCAGCGCCGAGAAAUCUGUCCUAGCAUGCGCAGGUACUGCUGCAUCAGCCCCGCAGCACACGGUUCAAGAAGAGGGCGCAAUGCAGAUACAUGCGGCCGACUUAUCUGACGAACAACGUAAAGAGGAAGAUGCUACACCAGAGCCGAAAUCUUUGAAUGAAGCUAGUGCUUCUCUCAAUGCUUCUGUCACAUCCCUCACUGAGGUUGUAGAAGAAAAGGCACAGCUAAAGCUUCCAUCGGCAACUUCCAUCGAGGAUCUCACGUGGUCUGUGUGUGAAACGGUUCAGAGUUUUAUCGCCGCAGUGCAAACAUCUACCGCCAUGCAUGUUGAUGAACAACAAGUACAGCAGCUCAAUGACGCAUUAGCCGCCCUCACGGCUACGGUGGCAGACACACCAUCAGAAGCUUGUGCUGCCCUCGACGACAGUACCAGAAGAAAGGUUCAUAAAGAAAUUUCUGACGUAGGUAUCUGUAGUUCCGUAUUAAAACAGGCAGUUCAGAACAUGACUAUCCUCGUCGAAGAGAGCACAAGUGGCAGCGCACCCCUGGGCAGUGUAGUGAAAAAGCAGCUGGCAAAUGUUUCUGAGGCUGUCGAGAAAUUAAAUAGUGCCGUGUUCGCCUGUAAUAGUGCUGUAAGGCAACAUAUCGGAGAGGAGUCGCAGAAGGAGCCAGACAUUCCAUUAGAUGAACGUGCUGCUAGAUUCCAAGGAGCUUCAGUGUCACUGGUACAUCUUGCUAGCAGUGCUGUCGCCAGCAACGACAAAGGGUGCCUCGGACAGCUGUCUAACCUGGGACAGACCGUCAAGCAGGCGGCCAUGUCGCUGAUGGCCGGCAUGCAGCGUCAUUGCCCUCCAGUGUCCGAGUCGCAGGCAGUUCGCUUUGUCGCGACCGUCAACGAAGCGGUGGACUCUUUGUUGGAUACCGUUGAGUAUGCGCUAAAAUCGGCGGAGGCCGAACAGGAGGACGGCGGAUCGGUUGAAGCCGCAAUGGAGACAACUUCGGACCGUUGUCGCGCGGCGGAGGCGUCCGUUCGCCAUGUGGCGCUGGUCACCGGCGAGCCGGACGUGGUCACCGCUCUGCCUGGUGCCUUCGAGCAGCUAGCUCAGAGCUUUGCGGCACUAACGUCGGCCAUUGAGGACGUCGUCGAGGCCCGCUCCGAAUCUCCGGGCGCCGAGUCGUCAUUGCAGCGACGCGCUGUCGCUGAGAAUUGCGAGAAACUCGAAAGGCAGCUGCAAGCUUUCUGUGAGAUGGUGGUCGCAAAGCCAGGAAUUUCUACAGAGUCUUUGGAGGCAUUUUCCGAACAGAGCGAAGCCCUGUAUCUAUCAUUGCUGGAGCUACUCAUGGUAGUGUGCACUAAACAAACAGAGGAUAUGCCAUCGCAAGUGAUGGAGGCGUGCCUGAGGAUGAGGGGCAAGCUAGAGCCACUCGCUAGCCUUCUUGGUGAUCUAGAAAAACUGCCUGCUGAAACGGAAUUGCGUGAAAGUGUAGCAAAGCUGAAUAAAGCCGUCAUGGCCCUAGUGGCUGGAAGCAGGAAGAGCCUACAGCUUGGAACGUCAAUCAAUGAUGAAAAUCUCAUUUCGCUGAUUGAUGAUGUUACUGAAGCACUUCAGAAUCUACUGCCAAAUAGACCGAGUGAUGUUGUAGAAGAAAUGGAAGUUGACGACAGUGAACAAGUUGUAGAAGACAUCGAAAGUGUGACUGCAGAACAAUCCAAUGAACAAGUGAUUGUACCAGAAACUAAUGAUUUUACCACCCUCACGAAGGAAAACGACAUUCGUGAUACCGAAAUGCCAAGGGGCCAAGAUGUUUCUGCAGAUGUCUCAACGACCGGCACAAUUCCUAUUGUUCACAAUGAAGAAGAGACUGCUCAGGUCCCUAGUGGAGACAGUGAGCAGCUAGUUCCAGACGGGAAGAGUAAGCUGGGUGCAGAUUUGACUCAAACGCCAGAAAAGAAAUCAUCUCUGGACGAUGUAGAACCUCCAAAGGAAAAUACUCCUGCAACCCAAAAGACAAACGUCACAGAUAUACCAUCGACAGACGAAGUGAAUAUCACAGUACAAAAAUUGGUCGGUGAUAUCGAGUCGUCCUUUCACAAUAAUCGUAGUGGUACAGAACAAGCAGUUGGGACUAAAGAGCUGAAUGCAAUUUUAAACAAACUUGAACGUAAAUUCACCGAGGGUGUUCCAGGCACAUCCAGCUUACAGGAAGCUUUUGCAAUGGCUAAGGCAGCCGUAGAUAGGCUGAACAGUUCAAUUGAGGACAUUUCUGCGAACACCUCCCAUGAAUUGGAGCCUCCUGUUCGAAGCGCUAUACAAUGCGAAUCCAUGAAUCUGCAACACAGCAUCAAUGACCUGGUAGCCUAUGCUAUGGACAUCUUAACUGGUGACCGAGUUCCUGCCGAAAGUACGGUCAUUGAGGGCAAAACAGAAGCAAUAGCAACGAUUGUUGAUAAGAUUAUGAUGACCGUGCAAGAGGCUCCUAAAAAGCGGGAUCUUGUUGAGCCUAAGUAUCAAGAGCCAUUGUCGGCUGAAUCAUGCUCCGACGGAAAAGGACAAGUUAUAUGCAAAGACGCUGAUGAAUCAUUCAAAGAUAAUUCAUCGAAGCCUUUGACUUCCAAGCAAGACGCUGAGAAUCAGCAAGAGAACACGUCGAAAGAAUUAGAUGCUACGGGAGCUACUGCAAUAGAAGAGCCUCCGGCGGUGGUUUCCCAGAAGAAGGAGAAUACUGUCAGUCCAGUGGAAGGCAGCGAAACUGGUGCUAUGGAUUCCAAGAAGAAGGAAACAUUCGAUGUGAAUAUUACGAGCGAGGAGCAGUCAACAAGCCUUGAAUCCGCGAUCAAGAUGCAAGGUUCCAAAGAUGCAUCGAAAGAACCUUCUGCGAUAGCGCUGACAUCCGCUGAAGAAGCGAUUAGCCCGGAUUCAGAACCAAUUGUUCCAAAAGAUUUAUCGGUCGAUGGCUUCAAAACUACUACAUCCGAUUCUUCCACAGAAAAAGUGCCUGAAUUCGCACUGGCUGGGGAAUCGCCCGCACCAGAUACAGAAAACAACGCGUCUGACCUAACCAAGAAGCCAGAAAACUCAGUAAGUAUCACUGAUGACACCGCCACAGAGGAACCGUCAAGGUCAGAGUUGAAGGCUGAAGAUUCAACUGCGGUCAUAAAAUCAACCUCCGAUGUCAUGUCACUAGCACAGGCAGCAUCGACAGAUCUCUCCGCAAAGAAGCAUCUUCUUGAUGCGUGCCAGAGUCUGAACGAGACCUCUGAGAACUUUACGGAGGCGCUGGUAGACGCCCUGUCAUCCCAGCCAUCUUUAGGCAUGCUCCGGUCUAGGGCUGAAUCUAUCAGUGGUGUUAUAGGCGAACUAGAAGCCUCACUUCGAACGCUAACUGGAGAUGAGACCGCAUCACCCUAUCUUCGGCAGCUCAAUGACACUGUGCUUCAGUUAGCAGCUUCUGUUGAGGGCUCUAGUCAGACGUUCGACGACGCAACGCCGUUGGAUAACCGUGUCCUGGAAGAAUUAGUAGCUCCAGCCAUUAUGGAGGUAUCCGCAAAUAUCCAUACGCUGCGAGAAAGCAUCGCUAGUUUUACUUCUCAGCUGGCCGAAGCCCCUGUGGAUAAAAUUUCUGACAUCACGGCUUCUCAUGUUGCGAUGGUGCACGAAGCUUCCGGUAAUAUCUCCAGUGCUGUGCAGGAGGUUGGCCUCGCCAUCAGCAACGCGGUGGAAAAAUCGCGGACGGAGAGUUUCUUUUCGGCAGAUGAAGAUACAAGCUCAAUGCUGUUGGAUGACGCGCUACAAGAUUUGUCAGAGAGCACCACCGCACCGAUCGGGGACAGAGGUGCCACCUGGCGUCGACUCAGUGACCUGGAGACGUUCGGGGACGGCAAUGUUGAUACGGAGAACAUUCUGAACGUCAUGUCUGCCAUCGGCUCUCUGAAACUACUGCAGCAACUGGCCGCCGACUCAGAGUUUCUGACGGACGCCGUGGGUCGCGUAUCGAUGGCGGCGGAACAGCUGCGCAGCCACACGCCGACAGCCGACGAGACGGCAGCGCCCACGCCGCUCGAGGUCCGCGCAGUCUGCGGGACUCUUCUCGCAAGCAUCGACGAGCUCACCAGCACCGUUCGUGACCUAGUGUCGGACGCCGGAUGCAGCGAGCUGGACUCAUCACUGAUCAGCAAAAUCGAGGACUACAAAGACACGCUGCUAAGCGUCUCCGCGGUAACUGACAACCUGGUGGCCGGUCGUCCCGAGCUUGCUAUCGAAGGAGAACAAAUCCGAGCCAGCAUCGACCAUCUUUGCGCUCAAGCGGACAGCAUUCUUGCACUUACAGCCGAAAAAUCAUCAAUUGCCAAAAGCCUACAGGAUGCCGAAGAAAGCAAACAACCAGUGGACGCAGUUACAAAUGAGAAACUUCAUGGAAUAUGCAGCAUUGUUAGCUCGGCCUUGGAGCAACCGCAGACAAGCGAAGCGUUUGGCAUUGAGGCUGAGCUGGCUUCGGAGGCACCUUAUCUGAUGGACGUCCUGCUCCACCCAGAGAAUCGUCAACGCGCCAAACAGACAACAGAAGAGCCUGUUCAAUCAGAGCUGGCGUCUGAGGUGGCAGUGCCUACGCUCAAAGACGCUAGCGCACUCGGACGACCUCUACAUGAAGGGGAUGGUCGUUCAAAUUCAAAGAUGGAUGAAACUCCCAUGCAGGCUUUGCAAGUUUUUGAUGACACCGGUGACAAGGAAAAGACGCCUACACCUCUCGCGAGUGAAGACAAUCUAAAACCAAAACCAGACGACGUGCUAGUGUCUGAGACGAUUGACAAGGUCGCCAAGCAAAUCUCUGAAAACCUGAAGCCCAAAACUGAUGCUGCUGAAACUGGAGACCAACUCUCAGUUGUCCCCACAGCUCCCAAUGCCAAUCAACACGAAGUAUUGGAGCCCGACAUUCAGGAAACGAAGAAGCAUGACGUGAUGUCGUCCGAUGAACAGGAUGGCGUCGAUAAAAUGCCCGAAACGAAAGAUCCUUUAGCAGUUUCAGUCGAGGAGGUUGACCCGAUCAAUGAAUUUGUUGAUAAAUCAGAAACUCAAAAUGCUGAGCCAGCUCCCAAUAUUCCCGUCAAACAAGUUGCGACUGCACCCUCCAUGACAAGUGAGACAAUUUCUUCGGAAUCAGCCGAAGAGGCUCGCGAUUGUCUUGCUACAAAUGUGAAGCAUGAUUUGUCUGCAAUCGCCGAAACGACUGGAAAAGACGACGUAACGACUUUGCCAGCGGGUGAUGCGCUCGGUGCCGAAGAUGUUGAUGGCAGUGCUGGCAAAGCUGCAAGUGAAAAGCUUCUCGUUGAACCUCCAAUAAAUGACAACAGAUUACCUAUGCAGGAAAGUGCUCUACCAACGGAGGUGACUAGUGAUUCAGUGAAGCUUGAAACUUUAUCUGUUGAUGAACAAAUUUCUGAAGAAAAGUGCGCACCAGGGACGGGCGAGCAGCUUGAAACAUUAGUGAUCGACGAAUCAGCUGAAGAUCAAAAGUCUGUUGUGGUAGUGCCGGCUACGCUCGGUAUUCUGAGCAUUGAUGAGCCUGGUGUGACGAAGACCGUUAGCAGUUCAGCUGAACUAAAGCCUCUGGUUGUCGAUGAAAAGGGCGCGCCAGGGAGUGUUACCGAACAAGAACGGCCUGGGCAAGAAGCCAAGCUACAAUCGCUUAGUAUAGAUGAGCCAGCCACCAACAAAGCAGAAGCAGUGCCAAAAGUACCUCGUCUUAAAAGACUUUCCGUGGAAGGAACUGAUACGGUUGAAGAUCGAAAACAGCCAUCCAACCAGAAGGUGGACGCCAUCCUGCCAUCUAAGGCCUCGGAGGAAAAAACCGAAGACAAGCUGAUCAGACUUAAGGUGGUACUUGACGAAACAAACGCUGCCAAGGAAUCAGCAAAUGCUGACCAGCCUUUGACACCUAAAGAUACCAGUGAAGAAUCUGCAAAAGUGUCGGAACCUGGGGUUCCCCUUCCGACAAAGCCUGUGCCAGAAACGGUUACAAGUGCUGCGGAAACACUAUCUGACAUUAUACAGCGUGCAGUGGGAGGGGAAAUUGCCACCAUCAAAGAAGCGGAGCUGGCUGCAGAGCGUAUGCGAACAGCUCUAACAGGGGCGGCAGAGUCUGUGCAGGAGACCGGGGAAGAGCUGGUAAGCUUCCGUUCACAGGCAGCGGCAAUCGGAGGUGAUCUGUCGCUGGUUACUGAUGCCCUUCAAGACACUAUCAGGAGCGUGAGAGGCACCAAAAUGGCAACAAAAAUACAAAAGGACCGCAUAGCAGAAAUGGUGAGGCCCGCUGCGGAUGAAGUAACGUCUCGAGUAGAAGCACUGGUGGCAGCAGUGCGAUCUAUGAGUGAAGCACUGAAAACAUCAACAACCCAGCCAGACAAAAAUACAGUGAGGUCAAGUGCCGAUGCUGUGUCGACCGAGCUCCAUCUCUUGUCAGCUGCUAUUGACAAGAGUAACGACGUACGCUCGGAUGCCGUCGAACGCAUGAAAGGACUUGAGGACAAGAUAGUGGUUACAGAGAAAACGGUCGAGUUCAAGGAUGCGUUAGGCGAACUGCUCAAUGCCGUCGAGUGCGCUCUUGUGGAGCGCGGUCCGGGCUCGGACGCUGUGGUGAACCUCCAGGCUGCCAGCUGCCGACACGCCGCCGCCAAAAUGGUGACCGCCGUGACCGGCGUCACUGGCGACCGCGUGCUGCCGGAGCGCGCGCAGGAGACCAUCGAGGCCAACAUCGCCACAGUGGCGCGCGAGGCGGUGGCUGUCACAGCGCACAUGCGCGGAUCUGUGCCGUUCGAGGAGCUCCUUGCCGUCCAUCCGCCGCUGCAGGAGCGCGUCAAUGAGCUGCGCCACAUCGAGGAGCAGACAUUGUCCGCCGCGGGGGCGCUGGCAGAGGCGGCGGAGACGACCCCCGUCUCAGAAUUCAAUGAGCUCUUCUUGGGAAGCGUCAAAGAGGCCACAUCAGCCACCAACACACUUGCAAAAAUGUUACACAAUGUUGGCGAGGAGCAUGCAAAUGCCACCAGCGCUUACCAUGGCAAGGAAGCCAGGAAAAUCGUGUCUGAGGAUAUCGAUUCGCUACAGAAAACCACCAACAAGUUUUUCGCGUCGUUGAUCAACAAUGCGAGUGGCAGUAGCCCUUCAGGAAGCUUUUGGGAGCGCGACUCGCUUUGUGUGGCAAGCGUGGCAGAAUGUGUCCACAAAAGCGUCACUGAUCUACACGUGCUGGAGCCAGCAGUGCGGGACUGUGCGCUGCCAAUGCGGUCUGGUGAUGUCAUCAAGCAUGCAUCCGGAGUGGUGAAGAAAUGUGUCAAACAGCUUGCAAUUCUGAUGGAUCGUGUUCCUCCAGGCAAGGCAAUAAGUGGUUCUUGUGAUAUUGACCAGCUGGCUGAAAAGGCGGAUCAGCUGGGAAGUGAAAUGGCUGACCGUUUAAAAACAGGAGCGGCUGCAAAAGACGAAAGUAUCGAAAAAGUAGCCGAAGAGCUGCAAGCUGUCGCUGCUUUAUGCAUGAAAAAGAUACGGAAGGAACUAAAAAUAUUUGAUGAUGAAAUCGAAAUUGAAGAGGAAGAAAAGCGAUUAGAAAGUAAAAAGAAACGCAUUCAAGAGGCAGAACAAAAAACGAAAGAAGAGGAAGCUAAGAGAACAGAAGAAGAAGAAAAACGGAAAGAGAGGAGUCAGCAAAUGAAGGAAAGAAUGGAAAUGGAAGAAAAAGACAAAGAGAAGAAGGAAGAAGAGGCGCGCGAGGAAGAUUCAAAGAAGCGCAAGAAACGGAAGAUUGUGGAAAAAGAGGAACAGGACGAAAAAUCAAUUGUUGACGAAAAGACGAAAACGGUGAAGGAAGAGCGCCCAAAGACCGAGGAACACACAUCAAUUGAGGAUGAGCAGAAAAAGAAAGAUGAGGAUGUUGUGAAUCAGCAAGACGAGACACAUGUCAAAACUAAACAUGAUGUUUCCAGUGACGGUGACAUGUCUGACAAAACUGAGGACGCUGACAGAGCAGCCGGUAAGCCCAGAAAAACGAGUGGAAAGCUCGACCCGUCUCUGAUCGUAGAACGAAGAAUUAUUCCGCCGGAGGAAGAGAUGGAGGCAAAGAAAUUAAACAAAAAAGUCAAAUCCCAGGACUCGUCUGACCUUGAAAUAAGACCUCAGAAAACCCUGCCUACUGAAGAAGAGAAGGAGGACAGCAGUAAAACCACAAACGCUGGUCUUGCUCCUUCCUCAGAAGGCAUUGCAGACCCAUUGUCGGCGGCAGAUGGCGAACACCAAGCUUACAAACAGGGUGAGGAGACUGUGGCUGAACGCGACGAGAAGCGAGAUUCUCAUGUAACGCCUAAGUUGGAUCAGCUUGACACCUGCGACAUGUCGCAGAAGGGAAGCGGUGAAAAUACUGCCGAUCAGUCAACACGUACAAUCAAGGACACAGAUGAGGUGAGGCAGGCGGAUAUAGAAACUAGAUCUUCGGCUGGUGAGCAGGAUGCCGACUCAGCUCAGAAGGAAAGACCAAAGAAGCUGAAAGAGGAGCAGGAAAAGAUUGCUUCUCCCGAAGUUCAUCAGUUGGAAGAAAAUAAACAUGCUACGCCCAAAAAAGAUACAGAGUCUCCAGGCGAUGAAGAGCAGCAACGAGUAAACGAAAUAAACAUCGAAAAGAUCGAAACGAACGACACGAAAAAGAAGGCGAAGAAAACAAAAUCGAAAGAAAAGAAAACAGAUUCGACUCCAGAUAACGGUCAAGUAGAGAAAAAGGAAGAUAAGGCAGCCGACGACACUGACCUCAAGCGAAGAAAGUCUGCUCCGGGUGCUGACGACCCCGACAAGAUUCCCAGGGUUCUUCGUGCCGAGGAUCAGCUGGCCAGGGCGGUCGGAGAGACAAACCCUCCAGAGCCUGAGGUGAAGACGGGAAAGCGAAAAAAGUCAAUGACAAAAACCAAGGAGGAUGAGGUGUCUAAACCAGCAGAAGGCAAAGCUGCGGAUAAAGGAGACAGCAUCUCCAUGGAAGGAAAACAGAUACCAUCUGAAGCUAAAGAAGUUAUACAAAAUGAAACGGUUGAAAGAAAAGGGGACUCGACCGAAAGCCAAAAGGCAGGAAAGGAGCCUUCUGGGUUUGCCGCCGCUCCUCGAGAUUCAACAUCACAUAAAGAGCCCCGAAAACUUUCUCAGGACGCUGCUAAUGAAAGUGUGAAUGAUUUGCAGAAGAAACAGACAAAAGAGGCACCGAGUAAAGCUGAUCAGGGUGUUGGUCAAGCGCCAGGAAACGAUGCCCAAAAGGUAGAGUCUGUAGCGUCAGUUGAUGAAAAGGAGACCAAGGUAAAAGCAGAGGACCAAGGGACAGUAGUCGGCAAGAAUAAAUCAGUUGACAAAGAGUUGCCUGUCACUGCAGGUAAAAAAGCAGAGACUACGCAACCCAAAAAAGAGAGGGAGGAACUUUCAGACAGCAAAAGUCAGAAAACCGAGGUGAAACCAUGCGAGGACAACAAACCCGACUCCCAAAAGAAGAAGAAAAAACGCAAGGACAAGGAUCUUGCUAAGACGGCAAAGGAGGAAAGACCUCCGGAGACGGUGGGGAAGCCAGAGCCGAACCGUGACUGUGGAACGGAAUCAAUGUCUGUUCCCGGAACUGAAUCCAGCGGGAAGACUGAUGCGCCUCACAAAGAGGAAUUCCCUCAGAUGACAACGGAGGAGAGAAUGAAGUCUCCCGAUGGGGCCCAGCGGAGGAGGCGAGAAAGUGCUGAACAUUAUGUCGAGUACCGGCGCGACCCCCGCAGGCGCCCCCGCUGGAGCAGCCGGCUGCAGGACAAGACCACCAUGGCGGGCACGCGCGUCCGACUGAGCUGCACGUGCGCCACGGACGACGACGUGCCCGUGGAGGUCGACUGGUACCUGAAUGGCGCGCUGCUCCGGCCCGAGUUGGACCAGAGGCUGCGCGCCUGGCUGGCCGCCGACGGCGCCGCCUCGCUGGAGAUAUCGGACGUGGGCCUCCAGGACGGCGGCGAGUACACGUGCACGGCGCGCAACAUGCACGGCCGCGCCAGCUGCACGGCCGACCUGCACGUGCGCGCCGGAGCCAUCGAGCCGCGGCCCGGCCCGCCGACCUUCCUCACUGGACUGCGAGUGUCGUAUAUCCUGGAGGAUGACGUGCUGAUCAUCGAGUGUCAGCUGGCGGGCCACCCGGCGCCGCGGGUCACCUGGCUCAGGGACGGCGCGGCCGUGGCCAGCUCGGACCGAGUUCACCAGACCCAGGCCGACGACGGCGUCUGUAAGCUGCUGGUGCAGUCGCCCCAGGGCGGCGACGACGGCAAGUACACGUGUCUGGCCGAGAACCGAGUCGGCUCUGCGGAGAUAUCGGAACACAUCACCGUGCCAGGCGGUGCGCAGCCGCGGCCGGCCGGCUCGCCGGAGCGACCCGCGCGCUCCGCACACACGGCCAGCCGGCCCGUCUUCCUGGACGCCCUGCGAGACGUGGAAGCCAGCCAGGGCCGCGACCUGGACCUCAAGGUCAAGGUGGCCGCGGCAGCGGGCUACCGCCGCGUGACGUCACCCACGUACCCGGAGCGGCCGGCCGUGACGUCCGAGCGGCCGGCCGUGGCGUCGGCGGCGCUGGAGCGUCUGGCGCGGUGCGCGGCGCCGGCCCACUACCACUGCCCGCCGGCCUGGCGGCGGCUGGGCAUGCUGCGGCCGCGUGUCGUCUACCUGAGCCGCCGCCACUACCGGACCGGCACCUGGCCCGGCCUGGCCUUCAGCAUAGCCGAGUACUAUCCCAACCGGCACCUGCGCGCGCGCCUCCGCGAGCUCGGCUCACCGUCACCGGACAUCAGCUGGCUCCACAACGGCCAGCCGGUGCGGCCGUCUGCCCGACUGCGCGCCUGGGGCCGCUUCCCCGACUACGCGCUCUCACUGCACAGCCUGACAGCCGGGGACGCCGGCACCUACACCUGCCGGGCAGCCAACGUGCACGGCGCGGCCACCUGCUCGGCCAGCGUCAGUCUGGGAGCCGCUGGCGCCGGCCAGCCGGCCAGGAUUGUCGAGAAGCCCGACGACCUCAUCCGAGUCGCCAACGGGGGAGACCUGCUGCUCACCUGUCGCAUCGCCGGAGAGCCGCGGCCAAAAGUGGCCUUCCACAAGGGCCGCCAGAACCUGCUGGCCUCUCGGCGCGCCACUCUGGAGGUGUCCGGCGAGCUGUGUCACCUGCGCAUGGAGCGGCUGCACUUCUCCGACUCGGGCACCUACUGUGUGGAGGCGCAGAACGCCGACGGCGCCGACCGCUGCUACGUCCUCGUCCGGGUGAAGGAGCCGAAUCGGGCUCAGACGCCCGACUGGGACAGCCGCACCUCCUCCCGGCUCAUGGCCAGCGCCGACCUGCGCAGGACACAACGCUUCACACAGGACGUUCCGGGUCCACUGCCGGGCCGGCCGUACACCAGGGACGUGGGCCAGAACUGGGUGUCACUGGCCUGGCCGCGGCCGCUCUAUAACGGCGGCGCGCCCAUCCUCUCCUACAAGGUGGAGGCGUGGCUCAAGUGCGAGGACGCCAUGUGGGAUAUGGUGGGGAUGUCAGUCAUCUGCAGCAUGGACAUAUUCGAUCUGAAGCCGGCCCGCACCUACAUAUUCCGCGUGACGCCGCGCAACCGGUACGGCUGGGGCGAGGGCAGCUGCUCGCUGCCUGUGCUGGUCGGUCGGGAGCGGGUGGCGCCGCGGUUCGGCCGCCUGCUGCCGGCCACCACCAAAUGUCUGCUCGGAGACUGCCUGGAGCUCCAGUGCCAGGUGUCUGGUGAGCCGGCUCCCGAGGUGGUCUGGCUGCGGGACGGCAUCCCGCUGCCGGCCGGCCUCUGUCGACUGCGCGUGGCGCACCAGGGCGACCUGUGCCGGCUCUCUGUCAGCGCCGUGCGACCGUCCGACCAAGCCACCUACACGUGCCAGGCAGUGAACACGGCCGGCCAGGCGAGCACCUUCACCCGUCUGACGGUGGUGGAGCGCGAGCUACUGCUGCACGCUGACCGCGCCAUCAACAGCGCCCUGGAGUCUGCCGCGUCGGCCGCCGACCGCUCGCCGAGCGAGCCACUGGCCCCCUACUUCCUGGUACGGCCGCGCGAGCGCCGGGUGGCCGUGGGCAGCUCCGUGCGGCUGACCUGUCAGGUCACAGGUCACCCGCUGCCAGAGGUCACCUGGGCCAAGGACGGCGUGCCGCUACAGCAGAACGAGCGGUUCGCCAUGUGGCACGAGGCGCACCACUUCCACACGCUGGAGAUCACCGCUGCGCGGUUCGACGAGCUGGGAACGUACUCGGCCGUGGCCUCCAACGAGCACGGAGACAUCACCUGCUCCUGUACACUGGUGGUGGACCGCGGCCACCUGUUGUACGCCGGCCCGGAGCUGGUGCGCAGUCUGCCGGAGGUGACCCGCGUGUCGGCCACCGCCGGCCUGGAGCUGCAGGCGCGCUGCACCGCCUACCCGGCCAUCUCGGUCCUCUGGCACCGCGACGGGCGGCGCGUUCGAAUCGCGCGCCGGCAGACGCUCUCGCUGGACGGAAACGGUCUGGCCACGCUGCGCAUCGGCAGCGCCUCUCACGGCGACGCCGGCAACUACUCGUGCACCAUGAGCAACGAGAUGGGCAGCGUGGUGACGGCCACGCGGCUGGUGGUGCAGGACUCCCCCGACGGGCCGGUGGAGGCGCCCUGCUUUGUGCGUGACCCGGUGUCCUCUCACGUGCUGGAGGGCGACUCGGUGACGGUGACCUGUGAGGUGGUCGGCGACCCGGCCCCGGAGGUCAGCUGGCACCGGCAGGAGCCCGCACAGGACCCGGCCGCCGACACGUGCAGCUGGGAGCUGGUGGAGGACAGUACGUACAGCGUGCGUCUGCCCGAGGCGCGGCUCUCCGACGCUGGGUCGUACGUGGUGGCGGCCACGAACCGCCACGGCACGGCCCAGCGCACCAUGUCCCUGGAGGUCACCGGCAAAGAAAACACAUUACGGGGUAAACAGAAGAAACUAAACGGCUCGGCCGAGCCCCGGCCGUCGUUCGCCACUGAGCUGCGGGACGUGCGCUGCUGUGACGGAGACGCCGUCACGCUCAAGUGUCGUCUGCGCGCCGGCUGCUCGGGCGCCGCGGUUCAGUGGCACAAGGACGGCGCGGUGCUGGCCGACAGUGGCGAGUUCCGUCAGACUCGGAUCGGCGACGUGCUGCGGCUGAGCAUCGCCAAGGUGCACCCGGAGGACCAGGGCCAGUACACGUGCCACGUGGUCACCGAUACCGGCCGCGCCGCCUCCCGCGCCUGCCUAAUCGUCGAUGUUCCGGAGGACAGUGACCUGCACGUGACGAGCAUGCUGAGCAGCCAGGAGGGCCCUCCUCCGCCGUCCGUGGGCCGCCAGCACCUGAGCACCCGCGCCGCCGCCGGCCGCCUGCUCAGUCCGCGUCUCUCCGUGCCAAGGACGCGAGCCGUCAGCGAGCAGCCGGGCAGCUACCUGCUGUCCACGGGCGGCAGUGCGGCGCGCGCCCGGCGCCGCCUCGAGGCGCCCCGCUUCUACGCCGCCCCCUACGACCGAACCGCCGAGGAGGGCGAGAACGUGACGCUCAAGUGCUCCGUGUCGGGCCAGCCGAACCCGUCGGCCACCUGGGACAAGGAGGGCGCCACGCUCAGAAACUCGGACAAAUUCAGGGUGACGGAGGCCGGCGAUGAGCGGCUGCUGCUGAUCCGCGGCGUGCAAAAGUCCGACGCCGGUCUGUACAGGGUCACUCUGCACAGUGACGCAGGACGGACCCAGGCCACCGCGCGGCUCUCAGUCAUAGGUCGCCCGCGGCCACUGAGCCCCAUGGGCGUCCCUGGCCACGACCGUCCGGGCAGCGGUCUGGGCCACGCGCGCCGGCCGCGGCCGCGAACUGAGAGCGGCGGCCGGGCGGCCGGCGGCGACCCGCUCUCCCACCCCGCCUCAGGAGUCUGGUUCUGUGACGGUGAGAUAGUUCCCGGCGGGCAACCGAUCCGGCUCGCCGACCGCAGCGCCACCUGCGCCCCGCCCGGCGCUGAAACUUCUCCGUCGGGCGGAGAGAUGGCGGCACCGGUGUUCGCCUACCCUCUGCAGAGCCGAUCCGUGAUGGAGGGCGACCGUGUCCGGCUCGACGCCACAGUCACUGGCGCCGAGCCACUCAAAGUCACCUGGGUGAAGAACAACGUUCCGAUUCGCGACUGCGCCGACUUUCGUCACGUGACCGCGGCCGGAGGGCAUUUCUCGCUGGUUAUCGACGACAUCUACCCGGCCGACGAGGGCUUCUACUUCUGCGAGGCGUGGAACGCCCACGGCCGCACCGUCUGCCACUGCCACGUGACCGUCCUAGAGGAUGACGGGGCGGCGGAGCGGCCGUCCGCCGCCGCCGACCCCGCCGCCGGCCGGGCGGUGGCGGCGCCGGCCGGAGCGGCUGUCCGGCUCUGGGUGCGCUCCACAGGGGUGGCCACCGUCCAGUGGUCCCUGAACGGCCAGCCCGUGCAGCGGCUCGACCCGGCCAGAGUCAAGGUCUCGCAGUCGGGCGGCGCGCACGCGCUGGAGAUCCUCCGGCUGACGGAGGCCGACGCCGGCACGGUGGAGGUGAGCGUGCGCGGCCCGGCCGGCAGCUGGCGCUCCCAGGUGGCGCUGACGCUGGCGGCGCCACCGGACGCCGGCGUCAGUCGGGCGCCCACCGACGUCACCGGCACACACCGCGCGGCGGCGCCCGCUCUGGAGAACGGCGUCAGACACUCGGCCGAGGGCGGGCGAGGCGGCGGCGCCAGCGGGUCUAGCGGCCUCCCGGCCGAGAGAGCGCAAGAGCCGGAGGACCGGACACCGCAGCCCAGCAGUCAAACGGAGCAGCCCGACCGGGCGCCGGAGCCCAGCAGUCAAACGGAGCAGCCCGACCGGGCGCCGGAGCCCAGCAGUCAGACAGGACAGGCCGACCGGGCGCCGGAGCACACCAGUCAAACUGAGCGGCCCGCAGCUACCCUAUCAGACCGGGCGCCGGAGUCCAGCAGUCAAACGGAGCAGGAGAGUGAGGAGGAAGAGUCACACAGCCGCAAGUCUAGUCUGGUCGAACCGCACAGCCGGAAAAGCAGUCUGUUCGACUCUUGCAGUCGUAAGAGCAGUGUGACAGACUCUUCUAGCAGUCGUAAGAGCAGUGUGACAGACUCAUCUAGCAGUCGUAAGAGCAGUGUAGCCGACUUUGGCAGUCGUAAGAGCAGUGUGGCCGACUCCUGCAGUCGUAAGAGCAGUGUGGCCGACUCCUGCAGUCGUAAGAGCAGUGUGGCCGACUCCUGCAGUCGUAAGAGCAGUGUGGCAGACUUUGGCAGCCGGCGGAGCUCGCUGGGCGCCGAGCGCCGGCUGAUCGUGCAGGGCCCGGCCAGCCUGGCCGUGCUGCUGGGUCAGACGGCGCGACUCGAGUGUCGUCUCCAGCCGCCCGACGACAUGGACGCGCCCACCGCCGUCGUCUGGAGCAAGGCGGGGCGCCGCCUGGAGCCGUCGGAGCGGGUGACGGUGGAGGCCACCCCGUCUGGCUCUGUGCUGACUCUGCGCCAGGUGACGGCCGACGACAGCGGCAAGUAUGUGGUGCGCGCCGGCCAGGAGGAGUGCUGGGCCUCGCUGGCGGUCGAGGGGCCGCCCGAGCCGCCGUCCGGCGUACCCAACGUGUGCCGCAUCAGCCAGCAGGCGAUCACGCUGUCCUGGUGCGGCCCGCCGUUCGAUGGCGGCAGCAUGGUGACCGAGUACCAGGUGGAGACGGCCGACGAGCCGCGCCGCUGGCGGCUGCUCGUCGACCACUGCCGCUCCACCUCGGUGGUCGUCGACGCCGACGGGCUGGCCGAGGCGCCCUGCUUCCGCGUGCGCGCCGUCAACAAGCACGGGUGCAGCGCGCCGGGGCUGGAGGCGGCGGCGCCGGCGUUCAGCGCCGACCGGCCGGCCGACGGGCCCACCGACGGGCCGGGAGACAACGAGGACGACGAGACGGACGUGGGGGCGCCGUUCCCCCAUCGGCACGUGACCCUGACGUCGGGAGUCGAUUUCGGAGCGCUGUACGACGUCCAGGAGGAGCUGGGCAAGGGCCGAUUCGGCAUGGUCCAUAAGGUGGUGGAGAGGAGCACCGGUAACCGGUUCGCGGCCAAGUUCAUCAAGUGCAUCAAGCUGGCGGACCGGGCCAAGGUGGGCGAGGAGAUCGCCAUCAUGAACCAGCUGGACCACCCGAAACUGCUGCAGCUGGCCGCCGCCAUCGACCACGGGCGGCAGAUGAUCAUGCUGCUCGAAUACGUCUCCGGCGGGGAGCUGUUUGAGCGCGUGGUGGCCGACGACUUCACGCUGACAGAGCACGAGUGUGUGCUCUUCAUGCAGCAGAUCUGUAGCGGGGUGCGCUACAUGCACGACAACAACAUCAUGCACCUCGAUAUGAAGCCGGAGAACAUCCUGUGCAUCACCAAGUCGUCUCACAUGAUCAAGAUAAUCGACUUUGGCCUGGCGCGCCAGUACUGCGAGUCGGAGCCGACCCGGGUGAUGCUCGGCACUCCCGAGUUCAUCCCGCCCGAGAUCAUCAACUUCGAGCCCAUCAGUCUGCGCAGCGACAUGUGGAGUCUGGGCGUCAUCUGCUACAUCCUUCUGUCGGGUCUCUCCCCGUUCAUGGGCGACAACGACGCCGAAACGUUCGCCAACAUCACGCGCGCCGAGUUCGAUUUCGAUGACGACGCGUUCGACGCCGUGUCCGACGCGGCUAAGGAGUUCAUCACGAGCCUGCUGAGAAAGCGACAAACGGAGCGGAUGAGCGCCUGCCGCGCGCUGACCCACCCCUGGCUGACGACCGGCCACCGAGGAGCCCAAACCACCGUCCUCUCCAAGGAAAAACUCAAAAAGUUCAUCAUCAGGAGAAAGUGGCAGAAAACCGGUAACGCCAUCCGGGCGCUGGGCCGUAUGAGCGCCAGCCUGCCGGCGCGGCGGGCCAGCCAGUCGCGCCGCGCCAGCCGCGAGGGCGGCCUGCUGGCGGCGCCGGCCGGCGGCCUGCUGCAGCAGAAGCGCGCCUCCAUCUACAGCGAGCGCAGCGACAGCGGCUUCAGCGACUGCUCGGUGGGCUCGGGGCCGCGCCUGGGGCGCCGCUUCACCAACGAGUCCACGCUGGCAGAGGAGGACGAGGGCCCGGCCGGCGCCGCUGACCUGCUCCGCUCUGUCAUUCCAGAGGACGGCCCGGCCCUGGCGCGCCGGCUAGAGCAGGCCACCUGAGGCGGCGCGCAGCCUCCGGAGGUCACCGAGGGUCGCCGCCGGUCACUGAGGGUCUCUGCCGGUCACUGAGGGUCACCGCCGGUCACUGAGGGUCACCGCCGGUCACUGAGGGUCACCGCCGGUCACCGAGGGUCGCCGCCGGUCACUGAGGGUCACUGGGGGUCUCUGCCGGUCACCGCCGUUCACUGAGGGUCCCGGAUUCUCCUGGGUGGGCCUGACGUGCUGCCACCUGCCGGCCGGGGUGGAAACAGGUGGUGCUGCCACCUGCCCAGGUCUGGGCCGUUACGGAGACAGGCCACUAGUUCAGCAUAGCCCAUAUCCCAGCUCCGUGCCAGUCUCAGGGGCCUAGCAAAGUCCCCGGCGCCUGGGACUGCGCCAAAGGGUACCAUUAGCGAUGCCAAAAACACGCCUGAUCGCGGCCGCUGGGGCGAGUCCUUGUUUGCCUCGGGCGCAUGUUUGUUGACGCUAGUUUUAUCAGCGGAGGUGUUCUCGUGGGUAGGUAACCCACGCGCGGUAGCUGCCCAGUCCCCGACCCGCUUAUCUGACGUUGGGUAGGAUAGGGGGUGUGAUGAUGACGAUGUUGGCCAAUACAGAGGUUUAUCCGAGGGGCGUGUACGAGCCCGGUGCAUGUCCCGGCGCUGGCUCCGGCUGAGAGCAGCGCACUAGUGAAUGCGGUGCCUCCACCUCCCAGGCAUGCAUAUAAAUGCUUUCAGUCGUUUGUUUUAAUAAUAAAAGACGUGUGGAGAC